UUGUAGUCCAGCCACAUCCGGAGGGCCACGGAGGUGGGAAGUGCUUUCGACGUCGAGAAGAGCGCUCCAAGAACGCCUGGGAAUUGCCAUGGCUUCGGACGUGGGUCAGUCGUGGGAGUGGUAGAGCAAUACAUGCAUUGUAAUUAGGUGGGAAAUCUCAAUAAACUUUGGAAAGUGCUCUCUCUCUCUCUGUGAUAUCUUUGUAAAAGGAGGGGGUGGCUUUGUUAAAAAAGAAAAAGAAUCCCAUUAGACGCCAGCACCACCUUCUCCCCUACGCGCGGCUAGCUAGGGGGCGGAGAUCCAGGAUAGCGAUGCCCGGGGCGCGUCCCGCCUCUCCCUCCUGGCGACCUGCGCCUUUAAGGACUCCUCCUCUAAGCAAUGCCCACCGAAGGGGAGGGAGCUGUCUCCGCCGAGGCGGCUUCAGUCUUUCCAGGAGCAUGGGCUGGGCUGUUGAGCCAGAAGCAGCGGGCCAACGUCGGACGCGCAUGGAGCCCGCCCUCCCGGCGCCACCCUCGCGGAGAGCGGGCCAUUCGGACUAGAGCCGUCGAGGGCUAACGCGAGCGAGGCGCGCCGAGGUUCUCUUCCUUUUCCCGUCUUGGCUGCGAUGGCUCCUCCUUGGCCCCCCAACGGGACGUGGUUGGGUGAAGCCGAAGCGUCGGUGCCGGGCAACGGCAGUAAUUGCACGGGGGCGGUGAGCAGCCUCAGCCGGCAGGGGGCGCUGGGCGCCACUCUCAGCCUGGCCGUGCUGGUGACGGUGGGGGGCAAUCUCCUGGUGAUCGUGGCAAUCGCCAAGACACCGCGCUUGCAGACCAUGACCAACGUCUUCAUCACCUCCCUGGCCUGCGCCGACCUCAUCAUGGGCUUGCUGGUGGUGCCCCCAGGGGCCACACUGGUGCUGAGCGGGCGCUGGCCUUACGGCACAACGGUGUGCGAGCUGUGGACUUCUCUGGAUGUGCUGUGUGUGACAGCCAGCAUUGAGACUCUUUGUGCCAUCGCCGUGGACCGCUACUUGGCCAUCACAGCGCCGCUGCAGUAUGACGUGUUGGUGACCAAGGGCCGGGCACGGGCCGUGGUGUGCCUGGUGUGGGCCAUUGCUGCCUUCAUCUCCUUCCUCCCCAUCAUGAAUCACUGGUGGCGGGACAGGGCAGACGAGGAAGCGCUGCGCUGCUACGAGGACCCCCAGUGCUGCGACUUCGUCACCAACAUGCCCUAUGCCAUCCUGUCCUCCAUCAUCUCCUUCUAUGUGCCGCUGCUGGUCAUGAUCUUUGUCUACGCCCGGGUCUUUGCCGUGGCCACACGGCAGCUCCAUGUCAUCGAGAAGGACAAGGGGAGGUUCCUUCCAGAUGCCUCCAAGGGCUCCCGCCGCAGGAGACCCUCCCGCCUCCUGCUGGCCAUCAAGGAACACAAGGCGCUUAAGACCUUGGGCAUCAUUAUGGGCAUCUUCACCCUCUGUUGGCUGCCCUUCUUUGUGGCCAACAUCAUCAAGGUCUUUGCCAGGCCUCUGGUUCCUGACCAGCUCUUCCGCUUCUUCAACUGGCUGGGAUACGUCAACUCGGCCUUCAACCCCAUCAUCUAUUGUCGCAGCCCUGACUUCAGGUGCGCCUUCAAGAAGCUCCUGUGCUGCCCUCGGAGCGCCGACCGUCGCCUCCACGCUGUCUCCAAGGACCUGCACAGGUGUCCCUGCGCCUUCAGUCCCCGGGCCCUGUUGGAGAAGGAGAGCAAGCCCAUCACACAGGGAACCAGAGAGGAGGAAGAGGAGGAGGAAGAGGACCUGGGCUCCAGCAGCGCCAGCAGUGCCUCCAGCAGAAGGACUAGGGAAGCCAAGCUCUUGCACCUUGCCAGCAAUGGACACAGUGGUGCACAGCGCCCCCUGGGGGAGGCCCAACUCCAAGGCACGCAGAUCACUUUGUGCCCAGAGCUGGAAGAAGAAUUUCCCACCAAAGAAAUAAGAGACAGUCAUAGAAUGUGAGAAAAGGAGGAAGUCCAAGAAGAUGGGCUGCAAAGAAAGCUUUGCAGGGAGGGGGCUGCCCCCCCUGCUCCCCAAAUAAUUAUUACUGACUCUACAUCAGUGUUAACAACGUUGACUCCUGCAAAGAAGAAGAAAGAGGAAAAAAAACCCUUCCCUUUAUUUUGUAUUUUUGUACUGGUUUUCCCUUUUGUGUUUCAAAUUGGGAACGGCUGUCAUGUGCUCCCUAGAGACGGUGAAGGUGCUGUUUUCUAGCAGUGGCUGUUCUGAUCGAGAAAGGGCAGAAGUUGUUACUCUGAAUCCUAGAAUCAUCAGUACUCAUUUAACUGUUUGCCAGUGGCGCCUGGUGCCUCCAUGUCAGGGGGGCAGUGGAAUCUGCUCUGGGUUUCAGUCCAAACUUUCAAGGAGCUGAAAGCAUCUUGCACAGCUCCUUGACAGUUCUGACUAAAACCUGGAGUGGAUUCCACUGCCCAACUGACAUGGAGCCACUGCUGUUUGCUAGCCGCUGUCCAGAUCCUAGAAGCAAUUCUGACCCUUUAACAUGGUUUCCCCCACUCACCCAGGAUGCUCAGUACUACUGCUGAUUUAACAUGGAAUUUCAUCUGAGGGAAGACAAGUCCUUCAUCAAUAGUCUGGCUGUCAACCACUAGCAUGAAUGCAUACGACACGUAUGGCUGGCUGACUAUCUUUUUGAUGUUGUCUCGGGUAUUUUGAAAUUUCCCUUUUCUUCAGCAGGGAAGCAUUGUGAAGAAGAAACAGCAACCCUUCAAGCAAGUAACAAAUGGCUGGAUGAGGCCAUUUCUAAUGCAGUUUUGCCUUUAUAAUGGGUUGGGGAACCUGUGGCCCUCCUGAUGUUGUUAUGCUCCAGCUCCUAUCAGCUGUAGCCAGCAGGGACAAUGGUCAGGGAUGAUGGGGGUUGUGGGGGCCACAGGUUCCCCACCACUAAUCUGAGAGUAGGUAAAUAUAUGGAAUGGGAGUGGGGAGAUGGAUUUUACCAUGAUUGAGUUGGGUAGUGAUUAUCAAGGGCCCAGCAAGGCUGAAUGUGGAAACCUAAUGUAGUUAACCUUGUCUGCGGUUUGUGUUUGCACAGCCUUGGCAAAGGCUAGUUUUGUAGUUCAGUGGAGCAGGAAUUGUUGGCAUGAAGAGCUUGCCAGGCAGGAGCCAAGUAAAGCUGCUUCUGAUGACAUUUCAUGAUCUACACAACUGUUAGAGCCCCAGGACUGACUUCAUUUGUAUCUGGUCACGCAAUCUCCCAAAGCAGUUGGCAGAAUUUCAGAAUGGCUUGUAGAAGCUGCUGUGUCUGUUGCUCAGUAUGAAAAAGGGACCCAGAUGGAACUCUGAUGUAUCAAAACUAAUGCUUUGGGCUAUGUACACAUCAUACUUUCAAGUCACAAUGCCGCCCCCGCCCCCCGAAAGAAUACUGGAAACUGUGGUUUUGUUAAGGGCGCUAGGAAUUGUAGCUACAGUUCCCAGGAUUCUUUUUUGGGGUGGGUGAAUGUGCUUUAAAACUAUGGUGUUUGUAGCCCUGGACUAGUUCAAAAGUCACCAACUCAAAUUAGGACUGCAGGAUCAAAACUCCUCUCUCCUUAAUAUAUGUACGCAAAUUCCAUAAUCUGUUUGAAAAUGUCCAUGAAAUAUGAUUAGUGUUUGAGAUCGUCUGUGAAUAUUCCAAUUGGAUCCAUGAAGAUAAUUGCCUUCUUUUACUGUCAGUCUUUCCGGGGCCAAAGAGGAAAACUGUAUAAUCCCCAGAGCUACUGCAGAGGGAAUGCUUCCUGUAUGGAUUAUCUACCUCAGAAGCCAGGACUUUGGAGUUCAACCAGAGUAGAGCUUCAGAUUCACUUUUCUUCCCUUCCUUUGAUGUUCAUAUUGUAUACAUUUGGGGAAAUUUUAUUAGGGCACCCUGUUAACCUCUGUGGAAGGGUCAGUGCAAUGCCUUGUCUCCAGCUAGCAUCAAGGAUCGGCAUGGUUGGGCACCUGCCAAAGGGCUACACAACAGCAGAGGACACACUGACAAGCCUCAUGGACCUGGACCUUCUCUUCACCAUUGCAACUUGCUUGUUCACCUGCCUCUCACUCUGGCGCAACAAUGCUGGGCAGUAGCGGUAGAAACAGGUGGAGAACAGAUGUUGCUGGACUUCAGUUCCCAUCAUCCCAGUCCACUGACCGUGUUGGCUGGGCCUGCUAGGACUUAGAGUCCAACAAGAUCUGGAGGACCCCAGGUUCACCAUUCCAGCUGCUGAGUUCCACCAAUACACAUAGGCAGGGUGAAUAGAUGCCCCUGUGGAAAGCCCUAUCUUUGGGCAGGGUGGUGGUGGGGAAACCUUUGCAUACAUGUAGCAUUCCAGAUCCUCAGUGCUUUUUACAUAAUGUUUGCAAUAGAAAACAGACUUCCUGUACUUGUAUUACUUCUGUAGAAGAAAGAACUUUGGCUUAACCCUCAACUCCUGCAGCACAAGCAGGGCAUGCUCAAAUCCCCUGGUCUUCACCGGCUAUUAUCAUUAGAAGGUGUUGUCCUCUGCUGGGUCUGGUAAUCUUCUACAAAAGAACUGUUGGAUUGUAAAUAUAAAUGUGUUUUGGUUAUUGUUCUUUUGUCUCAUCUCCCCACCACCACCUUCCCAGUGAAAUGCUCCAUCAGAGAACACAUUAACUGUCAAUGUAUGUACAUUUAAAAAUAAAAAAAAAC